AUGAACUUUCCCAACAAAGAAGGCCAAACUGGGACUUUGGCAGAUGAUAACUUAGGCAAAUGGCUGAGUUUAGGCCUCGACAGAACUGGCCCGUCCGCGACUACCGCUGUGUCGGGGACGAAAUCAAAGCUCGUCAAGGCUGGUGGGGGCGGAGGCGACGAUAAGCUCUUCUCAUGCAAUUUUUGCAUGAAGAAGUUCUACAGCUCCCAAGCUUUGGGAGGGCACCAAAACGCCCACAAGAGAGAAAGAGGAGCUGCCAAAAGGCACCAAACGGAUACGAAAAUGAUGAUGCUCUCAACAAUGGCGGUUUCUGAUCUAAACUACGCAGUGGCUUCACUCGGUAUUAGACCCCAUUCGGUUGCCCACAACCCUUCUUCCCAUUCGCCAUGGCCAAGAUCUUUGAGAAGGGAAGAAGCCAAAGCCAUGGAAAUGGAAGUGGGUUUUUCGAAUUGUUGGCCGGGAAGCUUCCGGUUGAAGAGAGUGGAAAAGGAAGGAUCCUCCUCCAUCAACCACCUGGACUUAAAUCUUAGCCUAUGA